AUUCACAACGUAAAGGAGAGAAGUUGAAGAUGGACUAAUUCAUACCAGAAUCAAUGUUUAAGAAAAUCUAAACUUUGAAUCUUUCUGUUGGAAUCCACAACGAUUCUACAAACUAUAUAUUAAAUCAAACCACCACAUCUAGAAAUUGAGCAGAAUGGGGAAGCGGUUGAAUGCUCUGCUGGGAAGAAGCUCCAGCGCCUCGAAGAAGCUAAGGACGGUGGCGAAUCUCGCAGUCUCUAGGAUCGUCAUUCUCAGAAACCUUCACGGCGUGAGAUGCAGCCAAGCAAGAUCCGACGUGAUUCAGCUGCUGCACCAACAACCUCAUCAACACCAUGCUCUCGUUCGAGUUGAGCAAGUGAUCAGGGAGCAAAAUGCAUUGGAUGCACUGGUUAUGAUUGAGAUGUGCUGCCAUAUAUUGAAGGAGAGCACUGAGAUUAUCACAAACAGCAGGGAGUGUCCGGAUGAGGUGAAGGAGGCGGUAUCGAGCUUGAUCUUUGCUGCUUCAAGAACUGGAGAGUUCCCGGAGCUGCAAGAGAUUCGCCGCAUCUUCACUUCCAAAUAUGGCAAAGACUUUGCAUACAGUGCUGUGGAAUUAAGAAAUGGCUGCAGAGUUUAUCCUAAGUUGGUAGAGGGAUUAUCGAGAGAGAGAGCGAGUAUGGAGACCAGACAAAAUCUGCUUAAGCAAAUCGCGAAAGAAAAUGGGAUCACUCUAGAACUGAGCAGAAACAUUGAUCUGCAAGAAGAGAGUGAAGAAUUAAAAGAUGUUCCCAUGAAAGAUGAUUACCAUGAGGUAGCACCAGCGGAUGGAGAUGCAUUCGACUCAGAUGAUGAUGGCUCCAGUGCAAUGUGCAGAUCAGAUGAAGAAGAAAUAAUAGAGAAUCUAAAUGAAUAUAAUGUGCAAGAGAAUGCCUAAAUGUCAGAGGACAAGGUUUUUGAUGCACAAGUGGAUGGAAAAACAAUAGUACAUGAUACACCUUAAUUAAGUCACAAAUUUUUAGUUUGUUAGUUCAAGGCAAAAUUUGCAGACUGCUACGAGUAAAUAGAGAAUUAACAUAAUUUCAUCUCCUAUUAGCCUAUUAGGUGAAUUAGUCUUUUACACCCUUCUCAAUAAUGUUAUAGAUUUUAGUUUCCUAUACGUUUUAAGUACCUUAUUUGCAAUUUCAUAAUGCAAAAAAAAACAAUUUAUAUUUACGAAGAAUUAAAAAAGGAAUCAACAAUAUCG